GCCCCUCACGUUUUUCCUACUCUUUCAUCUCAGGCAAUCUUUCCUUCACGUACAAACACAAACAUAGUUGUGUGUAUAUCUAGUUACGCAGUCUUAAGUUCUCGUAGAUAUGGAGGCAAACCAGAAAAACCGCACCUUGGAGAUCACGGUUGUGUCGGGAGAAAACAUAAGAGUGGAUCGAAAUUCAGUUUCCGAGGUCUAUGUUGUUGUUCGUGCAGAGUCUUUGAACUGUUGCACGACCAAAAUGGUGAAUGGAAAUGAUGAUGGAGUGCAUGCAUGGAAUGAGAAACUGUUGUUGGAGGUUCCUUCUUAUGCAAGGUCUGUUACGUUUGAGGUUCAAUGCAAGAAAUACAAAGAAGUUCGUCCUGUCGGAGUAGCAAGGAUUGCUCUUUCGGAUUUAGUCAGUGCCGAAAAUAACGGUGUUUUGUCUGAAAGUGUGGCUCAAAGUUUUUGCUAUGGUUUGAGGGACUGGGAUGGUCGACGAAACGGAGUUAUUCAUUUCUCGGUGAAGAUGGUGGAUAAUUUGUGUUCAGAAACGGAGCAAGAGAAAGACGUAAAGAUGGUGAAUUGUAGAGGAAUUGAAAAGGAAGUUCUAGGGUUUCGUAAGAACCCUAACAAAUCAAAUCGUGUUGUCAUCGGCAUUCCGGUUAAUUGGUUUACUAAACUUUUGAAGGCCUUGAACAAAGGAAACUGAUUAAACUCUACAAAGUUCGUUAAGAAAGCCAAAGGUAAACUAUUAGCGAAGACUGAAGAGUCAUGUAUUAAAAAAAUAAGAUAUUCAUAGUUCUUCUCCUGGCUUAGUUUUGGAAAAUAAAUUAUGUUUAAUUAAAAACAAGUUUAUCAGAUUUAUAAAAGAAUACCCAAGUUAUUUUAUUA